AUGCAAACCGAAGGAAAUCCGUUGUUGGCAAACGACGAAGUUUUGGAAAAUGUUAGACGGAGGGUACAGCAGAAACUUGCUGGAAGAUUUUUGGAUGCGAUGGGAACAGAAUCUGAUGCCUCUGAGGAGAAUAAGACAGAGAAAUCCUUACUGAGUCAAAACAUGGAUGAAGAAACAAGAAAAGAAUUUGAGAAAAAGUUUGGUAAAUACAGGAGCAAGGACUCGCCGUACAGUAUUCAGAACAUUCUCUGGUUGAUAUCCUCUAUAGCUGUCUUCUAUUACACAGACUUCUACAUCGCGUGUCGAUACGAUCAAAGAGUAAACAGGGUGUGGUUCAAUGUUGGAGCUAUCCUCAUGUUGGUUAAUCUCUCCAUUGCCGCUUUCCUCAUUGUGUACAUAACUUACAUCAAAAAGGUCAGCACAGAUAACUGGGAGACCCUUUACCCAGCCGCUAUCCCCAUAGCCACUGGAUCAUUUAUACUUGGAGGGAUUUGUGUGACAGUGGGUCUGUGGCCGAUAUGGAGUAUAUUCACCCCAGUUAUCCUGUUUACCUUAUUUAUGGGUAUGAUUGUAACAAUAGCAAUGUUACCAAACUUCUAAGAUACCCAGAAAAAAGACAUCUGUGGACUUCAGAAGAGAAACUUUUCAGUAACUGUACAAUGUUUCUGUUUUAUAUCUUGCUCUGUACUUGAUGCUGAAGAAAAAAGUUGUUGUUUGUUAUAAAUGUUAUUUAUUUUUAAAAUAAGAUGACACAUAUAAUGUUUAUUUUUAUUUAUAUAAAUAUGUACCAAGCAAAGGCAUUACGUUUCCAUGUAUGACAAUGGACAUGUAUUUAACUUCCCUUUUUCUAUUUUAUGUUAAAUGUUUAUUUUUAUAUCUCAUCCUCAAAGUAUGUGUUAGGUACAUAAAGUAUUAUCCAUGUUUGUUCUUUUGCCCCCCUGGAAUGCAACAAGAAAUCCCCCUCCUUCUUUUUUUUCCUUCUUUUC